GGGCAUAGGCGGGGGAUGCAGGGUUGCCCGGAGCCUUCUCUUCUGUCUCCUCGAGAGCCUCCGGAGCCUGAGCGGCCGCGGCCGCCUCCGCCUCGGCUGCUGCAGUGAGCGGGGCCAACAGAAGGACUUCUGCAUGUGGGCAACGAGCAGCAAGAAAAGGGGGCAGCGUGGGCAUUGGUCCUCCCUCCCAGGGUGGAGGAGGGAGGGGCGCAAGACCUGGGCCCCAGUGACCUCUGGUCUCACCCACACCUGACCAUGCGCCAUGCCCGGGACCAGUCAGGGAUGCUGAUGGCGAGAUUGGCCCCCGGGGCCUGCCACGGCCCAGUGGAGGGCCAUGGGCCCUCAUGCCUGCUAGCUUGAGGGUGCCCUCUGGAUGUGUUUAGACUGGCCAAGGCCUGCUCAGGGGUGCCUGUGAGCACAGAGCAGGGGAGGGGGACUUUUCUCACCUCCCCUUUCUGGACAUGAAGAAAGACAUUGAGGCUUUGGUAGCAGAGGAGAGAGCUGAGAUCAUUGCCAAAUACCAGAAGGGCAGACAGCAUGGGGCUCAGAUUGACCCUUGGGAGGAUGCAGACUUCACCCUCUACAAAGUCACAGACCGAUUCGGGUUUCUGCAUGAGAGUGAACUGCCAAGCCGAAGCGCCCUGGAGGAGAAGCAAAAACUCCAGGAGAUCGAGCGGGUGGGCAAGUGGUUGAAGAUGCUGAAGAAGUGGGAUAAAUAUUGCAAUACUGAGAAGAUGGCUCGAAGAGUCUACAAAGGCAUCCCCCUGCAGGUACGGGGCCAAGUCUGGUCCCUCCUCCUGGAAGUGGAGAAGGUGAAGACAGAAAACCCUGGCAAGUAUGAGGAGAUGAAGGAGAAAGCCCAGAGCUUCUCUUCUGAGAUCAGACAAAUUGAUCUGGACAUCAACCGUACAUUUCGCAAUCACAUCAUGUUUCGGGACCGCUACGGAGUGAAGCAGCAAGCCCUGUUCCAUGUCCUGUCUGCCUACUCUGUCUACAACACGGAGGUUAGCUAUUGCCAGGGCAUGAGUCAGAUCGCUGCCAUCCUGCUGAUGUACCUGAAUGAAGAGGAAGCCUUCUGGGCUCUGGCCCAGCUGCUGGCCAACCAGAGGCAUGCGAUGCAUGGCUUCUUCAUGCCUGGAUUCCCCAAGCUGCAGCGCUUCCAAGAUCAUCAUGAGCAGAUCCUUGGGAAGGCUCUGCCCAAGCUGAAAAGACACAUGGACAAAGAGCAGAUGUCCACGGGCAUUUACACCACCAAGUGGUUCCUGCAAUGUUUCAUUGACCGGACCCCAUUCACCCUCACGCUGCGCCUGUGGGACGUGUACAUCUUGGAGGGUGAGCGGGUUCUCACCGCUAUGGCCUAUACAGUUCUCAAGCUGCACAGGAGAGCCCAGGACUCGGAUGCCAGGAAGGGAGCAGAGGGAGCCUGUGGGCACAGGGCUCACCACCUGGCCCCCCACCCCACUCUUGGAUCUCCAGAACGCCUGCUGAAGAUGGCCCUGGAGGAUCUCAGAGAAUUUCUGCAGGAGAAGUUGGCCGGUCCCUGGCCCCAUGAAGAUGAUACCGUAUUGGAUCAUUUGCAGGCAUCCAUGGCUGAACUGCGCAGGAUGAAAUGCGAGCUGCCCCCCCCAGCCAAAUUGGAAGAGCUCCCCAGGAAGCCUCUGGGAAUGGAGUUCUCCCUGGGCCUGGUGAUCAAUGGGCAGAACAAGGCAGCUCCUACUCAGAGCCCCCACCCAAGCCCCGUGAGGCCUACUCAGCAGACUUCACUCCCAGAAGAUGGGCCCUCUCCCCAGCCCCAGGAGCCCCAGCUGCUGGGCAGCCCAGAACGGCACCCCUCUCAGGACAGCCAGCACCUGGAUGAAGCCUGUCUGAGGCCCAGGCCUCUACCCUUCUCUCCCCUGAAGCCAGAGGCUGAGGUCCAGCCCCCAGGCCUGGACCACAGUGCCCCAGCCUCCCCUGCAGAGGGCUGGCCAGGAGAAAGCAUCCCCUCAGAGCUGGAUGCAGCCCUGUUCCCUCCUCCCCCAUCCCCUGAAGAGCUGCUGCCUCUGGAAAGUGUCCCUGAUGAGAAUGCCUAUCCCUAUGGCCCUCCCCCUCCCCCUCCCAGCCCCUUGGAGCAGCCUGGCCCACUUGUCCCAGGGCCAAGGAGUCAGCCUCCCCAACACCAUAAUAUUCCUGAAGAGGCUGAGGGGCUGGGGCCAGGCCAUGCCUAUGCUGCCCAAAGCAGCCUCCUGCCCAGGCACUGGGCCAGCAUGCCCAGCCUCGACAUUCCUGUGCCCUCCUCAGUGUCUCUGGGCACAAGGCCCUGUGGUCUCAUCAGGAGCAGCACCAGCCUCUGCAGGGCCCAGGUCAGCAAGGACUCGGGGCCAGGAGCCCAUUGUGCUUUGGUGGGGAGAGAGCAGAAGCUCCAGGGAGGAGCUGGCCUCCUGCUGCCCCCAGGCCACCGCAGAGCCUCCCCAUGAGGAGGCUAUGUCCAGACAGGGCUUACCCAGGGUCAUCUGAAGGGAUGCUCUGCACCUGGGGUACAGGCCAGGGCUCACAGACCCUGGAUGGGGGCAAGGGGGGCCUGGAAACACAGGGGAGGGCUGCAGGUCCCCAAACCUAUCCAGGGAGGCCAGGGCUCCCUGCCAUAGGGCGCACUGCACGGGAUCUGUCAGAGAACAGGGUCCGAACUGGACAGAAAUGGUACGAACCCCGCCGAGAAGGGCAGACGGGUGGGACAGUAAAGUGUCUACACCAAGGAC